ACUUUUAAAUCCCACUUUUAAAUCCCACUUUUAAAUCCCACUCAACGAUCCCGCCGCGGGGUCCUCCGGCGGCCGCCAUUUUAGUCCUCCAAGCUGGGGCCUCUCCGUCCCUUCCCCUCCCCUCUCUAUGGUUCCUUUGGGCACCGCUCCGGCCCUCCCGGAGGUCUCGCUCUCUGUGGUGCAACCGCCAUCGCCGCGGGCUCCCGGCCCCGGGGACAAUCCCGGGAAUUCCCGGGAAAAAAAACCACCAAACCCACCGGGAUAACCCCGAGAUAACAACGCCAAACCCAUGGAGAAACCGGGCAGGAUGGACUGCCCGGCUUUACCGCCGGGUUGGAAGAAAGAAGAGGUGAUCCGUAAAUCCGGGUUGAGCGCCGGCAAGAGCGAUGUGUAUUAUUUCAGCCCCAGCGGGAAAAAAUUCCGGAGCAAGCCCCAACUGGCUCGGUACCUCGGCAACACCGUCGACCUCAGCAGCUUCGACUUCCGCACGGGGAAGAUGAUGCCUGGUAAAUUGCAGAAGAACAAGCAGCGCCUGCGGGGAGAUUCCCUCAAUCCCAACAAGGGCAAACCCGACCUGAACACGACUCUUCCCAUCCGCCAAACGGCUUCCAUCUUCAAACAACCAGUCACCAAAAUCACCAACCAUCCCAACAACAAGGUCCGCUCCGACCCCCAGCGCCUCAGCGAGCAACCCCGCCAGGUAGGAGCCGGAAUUCCCACUGGGAAUGUUGGGAAUGUUGGGAAUAGAGAUGGGAAUGGGGUUGUUCCCAGUCUGGUUUGAAUUCCCUGGGGGGAAUUCCCAAAUUCCCUGAUUUUUAGGGGGUGGGAUUGGUCAAUGGAAACAGGAACAAG